AUGGCAACAACGAACCCACCCGCGCCAUCAGAAUCCGACCCGAAUUGUAAAUCGGAUCUGGAUUCGUUUCCUUACUUCGAAGACAUGAACGAACUCGAGAGAGUCUUCAACCGCUUCGACGCCAACGGCGACGGCAAGAUCUCCGCCGACGAGCUCGACGACGUGCUCCGGACGCUCGGAUCCGGCGUCUCACCGGAGGAUCUUCGCCGCGUCAUGAACGACCUCGACACUGACCGCGAUGGCUUCAUCAGCCUCCCCGAGUUCGUUGCCUUCUGCCGCACCGAUGGCGGCUCUGGCGAGUUCCGCGACGCCUUCGACCUCUACGAUCGCGACAAAAACGGCCUCAUCUCCGCCGAGGAGCUCCACCUUGCGCUUAAUCGCCUCGGCCUCAAGUGUUCCAUCGAUGAAUGCCACGACAUGAUCAAGUCCGUCGACGCCGACGGCGACGGAUUCGUCAACUUGGAGGAGUUUAAGACGAUGAUGACGACCUCCAAGAAGCGCGCGGCCGCCGUCAAUGGCUCUGUCCAUUAG